AACCAGGGAAGGGACCAAACUGGACCUUGUAUUGGGAAAUAAGCCUGGCCAGCUGAUUGGAGUUUCAAUGCAGGAACAUAUUGGGAAACAGGAAACACAACUCCAUAUGUUUGCAGUAAGUUAUGGACAAGGAUAAGCCUGGACCUUGGAGGAAAGUGCUAUAUUGAGGAGAGGCUGAUGACAUCAGUAUUAGGCAUGAGCUGGGGAGACGGGAUGGAAGGCAAGAAUGGCAAGGCUCGCAAACCUUUGAUUACACGUUUAGUCAAAAAGAAAAAAGAAGCAUUUGUAAGGAUGAGGAAACAGAAAUUGGGGCUUUGAAAAAUAUAAAGACAAUAGGGGGAAAGCAAAACUUCCAUGGCUAGUAGGAUUAAGGCGUAUCCCAAGAUAUUUUAUCCAUUGUUAACAAACAAGUGGGUAACUGGGGAGAGGAUUGGACCAGUCAAGGGUAAAUUAGAGAAUUUAUGCUUGGAUUCAACAGAAAUGGGUGAGUUACUAAAUGGAUACUUUGCACCUGUAUUCACCAAUGAGAGAAUAGUGCAAUCAGGGAGAGGCAUAUUGAUAUUCUUGGGCAUAUUGGUCAUUUUGACAGUUUAUCAGUAUUGUCCUAUUCUGCUGCAGACUCUGGCGCCUGUGAUAAGAUCGGGGAAGGUUGGACCUCUGGCAGUUGCAAGAACUUGUGGUUGGAACAUGUCAGAAAGGAAGCCAGUGUGACCACAGCCCCAUCUGAUCUCAUGAGCCUGCAGCCUGGGGAUGUAUAAAGCCUGAGCAUCCCACUGAACAUUACCAUAGCCUACAACUGCCUGCACAGUGCCAUGGGUCUGCCACUCCUCCUGCUCCUCUUGCUGGUGGCAGCCGGUUGCUCUGGCAAAUCUAAUAUCGAACCUGAUAAUAUUCUGGCACUUUACUGGCCCGAAAACGUCUGUCAGGUGAAAGGCUGGGAUGGCCCUGGAUGUACCUAUAAAUACUGGACCAUCCAUGGCUGGUGGCCCCCCAAGGGCAGCAAUUCGAAUAACGGUGCGUAUGAUUUCAAUCAAAUAAAGGAUUUAGAGGAUUUGAAAGAAUUUUGGCCAAAUCUGCGUAACGCGAGGAGCUUUUGGAGCCAUGAGUGGGAUGAACACGGAAAGCCAGCUGCUGAUCAAUUAACAGUGCGUGAUUACUUCCAGAAAGGUCUGAACUACUACAGAAUUGUGCAAAAGUGUACAACAAAAACAACAUCAGCGGCAGCCAAAAAGUGCUUUGAGGGACUGGAUGCUGUGAAAAGAUGUUUAUUCAUCUAUGUGAAAAAGGUUAUUACACAAGCACAUCUGUAUCUCAAGUAACCGUCCAGAGCUCACAGCCAACCAACUGCACAUCGCGCUCAAGAUUCUGCAAAUGCUCAGCUAACCAGGGGAGGGGGAAAGGAAGGAGAGGAAAGAGACCGAAUGAUUGAGACUGCCAGAGACAAACUGGUGGAUGGAGAAACAGGAAAAAGAGACGGGAUAAAAGAGAGGGAGAAAGAGGGAGUGUGAGAGAGAGAGAGAGAGAGAGAGAGAGAGAGAGAGAGAGAGAGAGAGAGAGAGAGAGAGAGAGAGUUGUAGGUGAUCAUGAGUUACUACUGUAGAGCUGCUAAAUUCUCACUGCAGUUAUCACCAGAAGGUAAUAUUCUUUAUUGGAGACUCAGCAGUGACCUGUGCUCACAUCACACAUCACAACAUGGACAUGCACCUUUCAACGUUCUCAAACUCACUAUGGGGAGAGACCUAGAGGAAACAAGUAGAGGAGGGACAGACACACCACACAAAGUGGCGUUAUAGACAGAUUGAAACUUCAGGGGUUCAGCAAAUGCUAGCUACGCUUUGCUUUGUGGCUUUUCAGCAAUAAAAAUUCAUUUCAAAGUU